AUGGAGAGCCAAGAGGUGAUGGUUCAUCAUGGAGUUUCAAAUGGGGAUUCUGUUGUUGUUGCCAAUGGAAAUGGGUUAGAACAUCAAUAUAAUGAAAAUGGAACAGCACACGUGGCUGUUGAUGAAGAGGAGAAAGGGGAAAUAGCUGAUGUGCUUUUGGAGGGUUUCGAAGAGUACUGGGACGAUAUCAAUGAUCGGCUGGUAGUUUCACGUAUGGUCAGUGAUUCUGUUAUCAAGGGAAUGGUGUUUGCAGUCGAACAAGAGUCGGCUGAAAGGAUUGCUGUGAAGGAAAUGGAGUUAGCCUGUUUGAAGGAGUAUUUUCGAUCAUCUAAGAUGGUUGCAGGGAAGUUUGAUGUGAAGUUACCGUUUGGGACUAAAUCUUUUGAAACGGGGAAGAAUGGGAGGUUUCAAUGUGUUGCCGAUUUUUGCUCGAAGCAUGAACGGAUGAGGGAGGAAUUGGUGGCCUUAAGGGUCUUGGCAGACGAGCAAUUCAUGAAGGCCAAGAAGGAAGUUGGUUGCGCGAGGGGAGGUAAUUAUAUGAAGAAGGUUGGUUCAGGUUCUGAGUUGUUGGGGUUGGGUGGGAUUUUACAGGAAAAAAACUGGAUGUGUGUUGAUAAGAUGCUGGAAAGCCUGAGUACAGCAAUUAACUCUGUUUGCUCGAAAAUGGAAGACCUAUUACUGUCAUCCGAAGCCUCACUUUGUGAGUCGCAUCAUGAUAUGGAGAUAUUAACAACACUUGAGGAUAUUGUGAUGCAGAGUGUAAUUCGGAGUCUUCAAGAGGAGAACUUGUUGGAACCAAAUGCCCACUUGCAUGUGAUCCAGGCAGUUAAUUGUCUUGAAAAAUUCAAUGAUAUAUCUGGUUUAGUGACCCGUUUGGAUGGAAUUCAGCAGUCACUUUCUGCACACGAAACAAUGCUGGUUUCACAAGAUUUGGACCAUUUGCACCAGAAGGGCUUUGUUAAUCAUGUUUCUCCACGGGCCUCGUUUUGUGGUGAAAAUGGUACGUUUGAUGAAUCCAUCAUUCAUGUAGUUGAGAGCUAUGACUUUCAGCAGCUCAAUCACAUGGAAAAGGAAGAAUUGGUUGAUCAUUUUAAUGACAUUAUAACUAAGCUGAAAAGAGACCACGAGUCGGUUCUAGCGAGGGAGACUGAAAAAUAUUUUAGUAUGAGACGAGAAUACCUGAAUCUCAAAGAGAGGGGGUCCCCUGUGACAGUGACACACAAAAAAGACGAAGAGUUAGAUGUGCUAAGGAGGAAGAUUCCAGAGAUUAUUUCAAAGCUGGAGAAUUUUCUUGUGGAGAAUGAAAGAUUUCCUGCUCUGCUCCAAAAUUUUGAAAGCGUAGAGAAACUGAAGCUCAGGCUAGAUAGCCUUCUCCUUGAAAACUGUCGACUGAGAAACUCCGUGAAUGACAGAGAAAAUGAGGUGAAGUGUUUGAAAGCACAGAUUUUAGGUGCUGCUGAAGAACUAUUGCAUCAUUCUUUGGCUGAGGAGAACAUGCUAAAGCUUGUGGAAAAUCUCAAAUCAGCUGUGGAUGAUUCACGUAUUGAAACUUCAUUCGCUGAAGAAGUGUAUAACUUUGUUCUCAGGGAGCAGUUUGCACAGAUGAGGUGCAACUCUGAAGAUUCAGGAUUGGAAUUACUUAUGGCCCAUGAAGCUGAAACAGCGAACAGAGAUGAAAUUGAAGAUUCGGAUAUUGAAUCAUAUCUAAUUCAAGGAUUGAGUGGGUUGAUACUCACAGAGGCUAUCAUAGGUGCUGAGCGUCUGAUCAAUGACUUGCAUAAGGAAGCUCUUAUUGACAAACAAAUGAGGAUUUGUUUGGAAACUGAAGCUCGUGAAAAGGAAAAUGAAUUCCUACUAGAGGUUGAAGAGAAUGAGAAAUUAAAGCAGGAUAUACAAGAUUUGAGAACAGCUCUCCAAGAUCAAGAAAAGUUAGCAAUGGAUUUAUCGUUUCCAUGGUCUAAAGAGCGGGCGGAAUUUGAGCUAGCUUCUCGAGAGCUAAGUAAUUUAAGACAACAUGCAAGUUGUCUGGAGGCAAUGGUUACCGAGAGCAACAGGGACUUAGAAUUAUGGAAGUCUCAAUGUUUUGAGGCAAUGGAGCAGAUUGAAGUAAAUAAAAUGGAAAUGUGUAAACUUCAACAAGAGCUUGACCAGACUAAAGAGCAUUUAGCGGAAUUUGAGCUAGAUUCUCGAGAGCUAAGUAAUUUAAGACAACAUGCGAGUUGUCUAGAGGCAAUGGUUACCGAGAGCAACAGGGACUUAGAAUUAUGGAAGUCUCAAUGUUUUGAGGCAAUGGAGCAGAUUGAAGUAAAUAAAAUGGAAAUGUGUAAACUUCAACAAGAGCUUGACCAGACUAAAGAGCAUUUAACAGAAACGAAAAAAGAGAGGGACAAUGCAGUUACUCUAACCCAAGAAUUGCAUGAUAAGUUCGUAUUAAGUGAAUUUAGAGAUGAGAAACUGAAAAAGGAAACGGAACUGGCUGUCAGUGAACUCUUAAAUUUGUUUAAUGAUUUCGAAUGGAGAAUAUCAGGGGCAUUCCAAAAGAAUAGUUUAAGGUUUGAAGACACUACUUCUCACUUGAAAGCUCUUACCAAGAUGGUUACCGAUCUUAGGAGAAGAGAACUGAUGUACAAACAAAGACUGGAUUUAAAAACUGCAAAUCUCCAUAAGGCCGAGGCUGAGGUUGAUGUUUUAGGUGAUGAAGUUGAUGAUCUGUUGAAAUUACUGAAUAAAAUAUUCAUUGCUCUUGAUCACUAUUCUCCAGUACUAAAGCAUUAUCCGGGGAUUAUUGAGAUUCUUGAGCUGGUGAGGAGGGAAUUGAGGGGAGACUCUACUGUGCUUUUGUGA